GUGUCCGGCGUCCCCGACGCCAGCGACUGCUGGCGACCUUGGUCGUGGCGCCACCAUGGCGGUGCGACAGGCUCUGGGCCGGGGCCUGCAGCUGGGUCGAGCGCUGCUGCUGCGCUUCACGGCCAAGCCGGGCUCGGCUUACGGCUGGGGGCGGCCUGAGCGGCCGGGCCCCGCGGCGGGCUGGGGCCGCGGAGAGCGCCCGGGCCAGGCCGCGGGGCCCGGCGCGGAGCCGCGCAAGCUCGGGCUCGGGCUCCCCGAGCGCUACCGCUUCUUCCGUCAGUCGGUGGCCGGGCUGGCGGCGCGGCUCCAGCGGCAGUUCGUGGUGCGGGCCCGGGGCGGAGCAGGCCCUGGAGGCCGGGCCGUCUUUCUGGCCUUCGGGCUGGGGCUGGGCCUCAUCGAGGAGAAGCAGGCGGAGGGCAGGCGGGCGGCCUCAGCUUGUCAGGAGAUCCAGUCAAUUUUUACCCAGAAAAACAAGCUGCUACCUGACCUGCUGGACACUGGACGCUCACAGGGCUUCCAGCUAGAGGAGUACCUGAUAGGGCGGCCCCUGGGCAAGGGCUGCAGCGCUGCUGUGUACGAAGCCACCAUGCCUGUGUUGCCCCGGAAGCUUGAGGUGGCAAAGAACCUAAGGCUUCUUCCAGGGAGGGGCCCAGAUACCAUUCCGCGGGAUGAAGAGGAGGACCAGACCCCACGAGACUCUGUCUUUCCCUUAGCCAUCAAGAUGAUGUGGAACAUCUCGGCAGGGUCUUCCAGUGAAGCCAUCUUUAGCACCAUGAGCCAGGAGCUGGUCCCAGCUAGCGGAGUGGCCUUGGCGGGGGAGUAUGGAGCAGUCGCUUACAGAAAACCCGAGAGAGGUCCCAAGCAACUGGCUCCUCACCCCAAUAUCAUCCGGGUCUUCCGCGCCUUCACCUCAUCUGUACCACUGCUGCCAGGAGCCCUGGCCGACUAUCCUGCUGUGCUGCCCCCAUGUCUUCAUCCCGAGGGCCUGGGCCACAGGCGGACGCUUUUUCUCGUUAUGAAGAACUACCCCUGUACCCUGCGCCAGUACCUGCAGGUGAACACCCCAGGCCCCCGCCUCGCCACCAUGAUGACCUUGCAGCUCUUGGAAGGGGUGGACCAUCUGGUUCAACAGGGCGUCGCACACAGAGACUUAAAAUCUGACAACAUUCUCAUGGAGUUGGACGCAGACGGCUGCCCCUGGUUGGUGAUUACAGAUUUUGGUUGCUGCCUGGCAGACGAGCGCAUUGGCCUGCAGUUGCCUUUCACCAGCUGCUAUGUAGAUCGGGGUGGAAACGGCUGCCUGAUGGCUCCAGAGGUGUCCACAGCCUGCCCUGGCCCCAAGGCGGUGAUUGACUACAGCAAGGCUGACGCCUGGGCAGUGGGAGCACUCGCCUACGAGAUCUUUGGGCUCCCCAAUCCCUUUUAUGGCCAGGGCAAGGCCCACUUUGAAAGCCGCAGUUACCAAGAGGCUCAGCUGCCUGCGCUCCCCAUGUCAGUGCCUCUAGACACAAGGCAGCUGGUGAGGUCACUGCUCCAGCGGGACGUCAGCAAGAGACCAUCUGCCCGGGUAGCUGCUAAUGUGCUUCAUUUAAGCCUCUGGGGUGAACACACUCUAGCCCUGAAGAAUCUGAAACUAGACAAGAUGAUUGGCUGGCUCCUCCAACAAUCAGCUGCUACUCUGUUGGCCAACAGUCUUACUGAGAAGAGCUGUGUAGAAACAAAAAUGAAGAUGUUAUUUCUGGCCAACCUGGAGUAUGAAGCGCUGUGCCACGCAGCCCUCCUCCUCUGCUCCUGGAGGGCAGCCCCGUGAUGACUGAUUUAGCUGGUCAGUUACUAAAAGAACUUAACAUUA